GAAUUAAUGUCUUUUAAUACACACUUUGUGGGUGUUUUGGGUUCUUCCUUCAAAAACCCACAUCACAGUUUUCUCUCUCAAAAUCCAAAGAAAUUCUUAAGAACUUGAAUUGAAUUGGGUAGAAUAUCUCAUCAUUUGUUGCAGGCAAUCUAAGGAGAGAUCCAGUGAUAUCUAUUGGGAGUUGGCAAUCGAUGGAGAGGCAGGGCAGUGGGUUGUGGAGAUCAUUAAUGACAGAUGAGAACUUUGAGGAGGAAGAUGUUUGGGAUGUUCUGAGAGAAAAAAAAGAUUCAAUUUCUAGGUCUAGUAAAUCCAUGGAUUCCUUUGCUCCUGUACCCAAACAACUCCUCAGUGCAGCAAGAAUGAUCCCAAAAGCAACAAUCAAUACCAGCACUAGUAGCAGCAGUAGUACUAGUGCUGCUAGUAGCAAUCAAACCAUUGAAGCCAAACCUUUUCAACAAUCUGCACCAGUCACAAUCCCAAAUUGGCCCAAAAAUUACCUUCAAAGGUCAAAGGACCUAACUCCCAAGAAUGACAAUGGUCAUGGUCAUGAUGAUGAUGAUGUUGAAGAUUUUGACGGUGGUGAUGAUGAUGAUGAUGAUGUCGAUGUGGAGGAGGAGGAGAUUCCCAAGAUGCCACCUCAUGAGUUGAUUGCAAGAAGGCUUGCAAGGACACACAUUUCUUCAUUUUCUGUAUUGGAAGGUGUUGGGAGGAAACUCAAAGGGAGGGAUCUUAGUGAAGUGAGGAAUGCUAUUCUUGCAAAAACUGGUUUUCUUUAAUCAUUGUGAUCAUAAUUAUUCAAAGUGUAAUCAGACAUUUUCAUUGUAGUGAAUUAGAUAUGAAAGGAUUGUGGGUUUGGUUGUCUUAAGACUUUGAAAUUAGUUUAAGGUCUCAUUCUAAUUGUGGGUUUUGGUAAUGAUUAGGGUUCAUAAAGUACACUUUUAUAUAUUUGAAGAAAUUUAGUGAAUUAAUGUCCAUUUCUAA